UGUUUCUUGGCCAUUACAUUGCAUUUCUCUGCCUAUCCAGUCUGCACCCCAACCCAGCCCAUCAGCUUGAUUAUUCUGCUGUCUCUGGCCAGCUCAGUCUCUCUUUCUCCCCUUGAGCGGUUUCUCCCCAUUUUGUCCCUGAUUUGCUCAAGUCCUCUCUCUCGCAGAGCAGUCUCUGCCCCUCCCUCCGUCCCAAAUCUCCUCCCCUUGCUGUCUCUUUCUCUGGGAGUGUCUGCGUGUCUUUGUCUGGGUGUCUCUCAAAUCUCUCAAGAUAGCUGCACAGCGAAGACCUAGGCGACAAGAGACAGCACAAAGAGAGACAGCCUGCGAUCACAGUGAGUGUCCCCAAUCACCUUUGUGGAUGCAAUAGUCCUUUUGUGUUCCUCGUGUACUCCGGCUAUAAGGAAAUCUCUGUAUGUACACUGUGUGUUUUUUUUUUUUUUUGUGAAUGCCAGUCUCGUGUAUGUAUGUAUGUAUAUGUGUGUGUGAUGUUGCAUUAUCUUACUGUUGCUAUGUAUGCACGAUAACAUUUUUUAAUGCACUGGAUCUAUUCAUAUGUGCAUCAGUAAGGGGGCUGUCUGAUCCUGUGCUGUGUGCCAUGCAUGCAAUGUGUGCCCUUGGGUGUGAGUGUAAUGCGUGUACCUCUCUACACCAUCAAGGGCCACUACACACAUACACACACAGUGGAUCGUGUGUUUUUUUGACAUCUGUUUUUUUGUCGGAGUACAUAGCAGGUUGUUCUCGUGUGGAUUUUGACAGAUGGCCUGGGUGUCACUGUGUCCUCUGUCUGAUGUUUGACUUGCAAUGUGCCAGGCAGCUUGUGAAUACACCGUGUAUUUCUGUCGUGUAUUUUUCAGCGUGUGUCUGUCACUGGAAGUGUGCAUUCUGUAGUACUGGUGAUUGUCAGUGCAUGCCCUUGCGUAUAAAGUCACACAAGUUUUGCAGUGGCCCCAGGCGGCUUGGUUUAUCUGUACCUUGCAAGUCAUUGGGUAUGCUGUGUGCACCACGAGAUACAUUACACAAGGCAGCAAUUCUAACACACUGAGUCACCAAUAACAGCACAACCAGGGUCCAUCCACGCACAGCACACACACAAUGACAUGACAUGAAUACGGUUUAAUACUAAAAUUCAAUAUGCACACAGUAAAAAAAAAUCUCAACUUACAAAGUCAUACACAUAUGUGUACACACAUUUAACAAGUAUAAAGAUAUAUGCUUCAAGUAUACUUAUGUCUACAUUUGUGUGUCUGUAGAAUAUGUUUUUGUUACAUUUGAUACGUAUCCUGCCCAGUGAAUAGAACGCUGCUGCUACUGGUGGAACGGACCACAGUUUCAAGUAAACAUACCACCACUGCACUAGCAACCCGCCCACGUUCUGGUGGCCGCACCUUCAAGCACACUGACACAGCCCAUGUCCCCUCCCACAAACACACUGACCCACGUGCCUUACGUUUGCUUCAAACGGGCUGGUGCCUUGCUGCACCUGACUGCACACUGUGGUACAUUAAUAUCGACAUGGUAGCAAGUGUAGAUUUCAGCAGAUCACGGAGAAUUAAAGAGUACAGGAUGUUAAGUGGGACAACCUACUGUAUAGUUGAGCUAAAAACCGGAAAAUAUAGGAUUGCCAAUUUUUAAGGUAAUAUGAAUUAUUAUUAUUAUUAUUUAUGAUGCGCCAACAAAUUCCAUAGCGCAGUACAAUAUGUGGACUAUCACACAUGUAUUUGCAAGAAGACGAGCUGGACACAGAAACAGAGAUUGUUUAAGGCCCUGCUCAAACAAGCUUACAUUCUAGAGGAUGCUUUACUAUGUUGGAUAGGGAACCAACAUAUACUUCCUUGUGUGAAAUAAAUAUAUGUAAACUCUGGUUUAUUCACAACACAGAGAACUGAAGUGAAAGUUGCUGGAAAUUCAAGGUGGAUGUCAAAUUUAAAAGGACACUAUAGUCAUUAGUCACUAGAACCACCACAGCUUAAUGUGGAUGUUCUGGUGUGUAUAUAGGUGAUACUCGAAAAAUUUGAAUAUUGUGCAAAAGUUUAUUUCAGUAAUGCAACGUAAAAGGGGAAACUAAUAUAUGAGAUAGACGCAUUACGUGCAAAGCAACAUAGUUCAAGCCGUGAUUUGUCAUAAGUGCGAUGAUUAUGGCUUACAGCUCAUGAAAACCCCAAAUGUUUCUUUGCAUUACUGAAAUAAAUGAACUUUUGCACGAUAUUCUAAUUUUUUGAGUAUCACCUAUAGCCUGUGCCUACUAGCUUUUAAGGUAAACACUGCUUUUUUUAGAGAAAAGGCAGUGUUUACAUUGCUGCCUAGUAGCAUCUCUUCUGGCAGUCACUCAAGUGGCCACUAGAGGUGCUUUUAGCCCCUCCACUCUCUGUAUGGAGGCGCUGAAUGUUCCUCAUAGAGAUGUAGUGAUUUAAUACAUCUCUAUGAGGAGAUGCUGAUUGGCACAGCGCUAUGUUUUUUUCAAUGGGAAAGCAUUGGAUUGAUGAUUUCAGUCAUGGAAGUGGGGCCAGCCCAAGGCAACGCUUGCCCAGUGUGGGAAAGAAGGUGAGUUUAAACACCUUUUUACUGCACAGAGAGGGGGACAUACACCUAAAUAGUUAUUUUAAUACUAAAUCUCAGGAAUAAGUGUGUGUCUCCCUGACACUAUACUGUUCCUUUAAGGCUUAACAAUUUUUAUAAUUCAGCUAUUUUUGCAUCAGUUUUGUAAUUCUCUUUGUAUUCUCACAUUACUGCAUGACCCUGCAAAUUUCAGCAAAUUGAAAUUUGAGUUGCCAAACUUAGGCACGACUUUGUUAUCUGGAAUGAUUUCCCAGUUCAACAAUAGUCACAACAUGACUAUAUUACAUUUUGGAAUUCUGAUUUCAGUUGACUACAAUUCUAUGUUUAAUGGAUAAACCCUAUUUGUGAUUAUCCACUUUCACACAGGGAGCACAUGAGUUUCACAAACAACUCUAGUACUGUACAUUAUUUACAGAUUCAUGUAAUUACAUUUCUUUUAGUGUCUUAAACGUUUUUAAAAAUGUUUACAUCAGAUGCGAGGAGCUCUCAAAAGUUGGUAUUUCUAAAAUUCUGUUGGUACAGUAAAUAUAUAUAUAUAUAUAGCAAAUAUUCUGCAAUACUUUAUUAUAUUGUGUUUGUUGCAUGUGAUUAUUACACAUGAAUUACAGAGGAACUUGUUUGUUCUUUUUAAUGCAUAUUAAUUCUAGGAAACAUUAUUGACAUUUUCACUGGAGAUUAAUAGCAAUAAAAGGUUAUAAAACAGAAAUCCGUUUACAUCAGAAGAUGCACUCUAAGUUGGUGUUCAUGCAUCGCACUAAGCACCAAAUAUUAUUAAAAUUAAAACAUAAAUUUAUACUUAAGGUCUAGACAGCUGAGUGUAUAUAUAUAUGUAUAUAUAUAUAUAUAUAUAUAUAUAUAUAUAUAUAUAUAAUAUAACAUGAUCUUCUGUCUGUUACAAGGGGCUGUUCACUAAAGUGAGAACUGUCGGUAAUUCAAAGUGAAUUAAAGGUGCAUUUCAACCUUACAGGGACACUGCACACCCAUAAAGCUCUUCAACUUGCUGAAGUGCUUUAUGUGUGAAGAGUGUGUCCUCGAUUUCAUUUGCUAAAAGUGCAGAUUUCAAUAGAAAGUGGCACUUUUAUCAGUUAACUUUGUCACACUCCCAAGGCUGUCAAUCAGACAACCUGUACUGUUAUGUCCUGGCUUGGUUAGCUCAGUGGAGCUAAACUCAAGAGCUGGGCAAUUUCUCACGGCACCUGCCUUGCAAAGACUCCUCAUUGAACUGCAUUGAGAAGUCUGUGAUUGGACAGCCACAAUAAGUCUGGGAAGGGAAAGAAGGGAAGGGCUUGCAUACAAGAGAUCUACAGUAUAUAGAUGUACUCCCAAAAACUGCAUUAGUAAAUGCAUACAUGUUUUCAGUAGAAGUAUAUUUAGUAAACAGAGAUUUUUAUUAUAUUUUUAUGUAUUUGGGCAGUGGAGUGUCCCUCUAAGGCCAAAAUAGCUGAACUGGAUUCAAAUAUGAAAUUCACUUUCAAUACAAGACAAUUGUCAAUUUGGUGAAUAACCCUGACUCUCUUUACAGCAUCUCUCACCAUGUCUAUAAAGAAGCUGAAUUAAAGAGAUACUGUAGUCACCAGAACAACUUCAGCUUAAUCUAUAAAGUGCCACUAUAGUCACCAGAACAACUUCAGCUUAGUCUAUAAAGGGCCACUAUAGUUGCCAGAACAACUUCAGCUUAAUCUAUAAAGGGCCACUAUAAUUACCAGAACAACAACAUAUGUACUGAAUUGCAAACAGUGUAAAAUACAUUCUUGAGAAAAAAUCUCUUUGUCAGCUAUAGUCACAGCUUGGCUGUCUUAGACUGAAAUAUGGUUUUCAAAUCACAGCAAUUCACUGUUCAGUGAAUAAAAACUAUAGUUUCAGCAAAUAUCUGAAAUAGUUUAUGCAGUAGCUUCAACUGAGAUGGGAGAAUAUUGCAGACGAUAGUACAUAGAAAAAAACUCUGAAAAAGUAAUUAAUCUCUAGCAAAUUUUGAAAUAAUGCCUCUAUUUCGUAUGUAAAAAGAAUUAUAAACAUAAGAAUCACAGGCAUCUAAGAAAAACUAUUUUUCCCAAACAAGUGUUUUUGUUUUCUGUAUAGAUUCAAGUCCUAUGUUGUGCAAAAACAAAAAAUAAACUGGAUACAAGGAAAGCUGAGCUUAAAUUAAAUCUGUCACUUUCAGGUAUAUUUGCAUAUUUUGCAAAGACCCCUGAAGUUGACUCCACGGGUUGAAGCUUUCCUUUGUGGCUGCCGCCAUUUUCUUCCCAGGUAUCCUGUCUGCUGCUCUUGCUUCAUCUGCGGUAUCAAUGUUGGACUCUCCGCAUGCGGAGGUUUAUGGAGGAUGGUACCUUUGGAUUGAGUUUGAAUUUCAAUGAAAUUCCAAUGCAGCCUGCAUGAGUAUUUCAGAAAUAUUAUACCUUUUUGCAAUACUCAGGAGUGACAGUUUAUUUUCCUAACAGUAUAGCCACUACAGCAUAUUGUAGUGGUUCUAGAAGGCGGAUAUGGAUACAUUGUCUCAAGUUUUUGUCAAACCUUUUUCAAGCACUUUGAAGAAACGUUUUCACUUUUUUUUACACUUCCUCAUUAUCAAUGCAAAAUGUUUCAUAUUCAUAUUUAUUGUUAGUGAUGCACUCACAUGUACUGCCUGUUAUCAACUAAUAUUUCUUAACAUUGUCCUUUUAGCAUUACUUUGUUUUUUGUUACUUACAUCUCUCAAUAGUAAAGAAUGUUACUUACAUCUCUCAAAAGAAAAGAUAAAAAAAGCACACACCACUAACCACCAGGAAAAGACUUAAAAAUACAUACAUCCAUAAAAAGCUGGACCAUUUUAAGUCUUAUUUAAGUAAGGAAAAACUCUGCAGUCAUGGGUACAAUAAUAUGAGCAAAGAUUUCAUCUGAGUAAAAUGAGGUUACAAUAAACAUUAUUAUGUCCAUAUUUAACUGGGAAUCUUGAAAGGUAAGGUUGCUAAAGGCUUGGCCCAAUCAAAGGCUCAUUUAAUUGAAGAGUAGGAAAAAGCACCACUGUAUCCUCAGGAUACAGCCUGAUGAUAUUGUGGGUGCAAUCCAAGCGAGCGCCUCAGACCUGUAUAAGCUAUCAAUGCUACCAGACCCUCCAGGGUUGUGAAAAGAAGACACUAUUUGUGGAGGGGGUUAAAGUAGGGAGGGGGACAGGAACUAUAUACAAUUGGAGAAUAGAUGUUUUAGGGUUUGUGGCCACAAUGAUUUGUAUUUCAAAAGAUUGUUCCAGUACAUAAUGGUAUUUUGUUUUGUAUUACAGGUGUCAAAAAUACAUCAUAUUCUGUAACAAUGCACAAUCAAACAGAGAAACAAAAGAAUUUACAUUUUUUAAAUUUAAUUUUAAAUGUGUUAAAUUAUAUAAUGCUUUAUACAGAUGGCAUGAGUAAACAAAAAGGUUAUGAAGACACAUUGUAUGAGACAUUUGGAGAAGCUGUAGGGAAGGAUUAUAUGUUAUUUGCUCAAUGUUAUAAGCACCAGUUACGCACAGCACAUUUCGGAGACCUAGAGAUGAGAACAUUCUAAAUUAACUUUUGAGCCGGCAAAGACAGAUUCUCUUUUAGCCCUUUAAAUGCCAGAUGGGUGAGUUAUGCAUCACAGUAUGUCCCCCUCCCCCACUGGCACAGAGAAGCUUAAAUGGGCUGUCCAAGCUCAAAAACUACUACAGCUGUAGUGGUUAAUAGACUGGUUAAUCUGCCCCUGAACAUGUAGUUUUAAUACCAUAGCAUUUUAUGUAUUUGUGUCAAUCUUCUGCGUCAAAGAUCCAUCCCCUUUCCUAAUGACAUCAUAUGGUUUAGUUCCUCCAAUGAGCCAUUCAAGUUGUUGGUUGAUGUCAGCAUCCAAUUGCAGUAACUGUUCUGAGGCUGUGUACACAAACAUCACAGUUUUGUUUUCUAGUUCUGAUCACUGGGCUUGGUAGGGAUAUAUGCCCAUCUAUGUAUGCUCAAAGCAGAGCAUUACAUUUUAAAUUAACAAAGAGGGACACUUUCAUUUUAGGUUUGUAACAAUUUGUGCCACUAAAAUGUAAUUUACAACAAGAACAAUGUAUCUUAUUUACAUAGACUGAUUUCUAAACACAUUUAUUGUAGUUUAAAGACACAUUACUGAGAGUAUUAUCGCAGUGGUGCUGUGUUAUACACUCAGACACACCAACAAUAUAGAACUCCUCAAAAAAGGACAAAUAUUGGGAUUGAAAACAGGGACACAGUGAUUAGGGCCAAAAAUAAGGACUGUCCCUCCCUUGGGAAAGAUGUAACAGCACGGUAACUAGACUUGUGCAAAAAUGUUGAAUGUUGACUUGAAAGACCUAAUGCUCAAUGGGAAUGAUGGGCUUCCCCGAAUGAUAUAAAGCAGAAAAGAAAAUACAUGGCUGUGAAUUAAAAAUAUGGAUGUGAAAAAAUACUACAGCUUCCUAGCACCAUAACCAUUACAAGUAAUAAUAUGUCCAUUUCAAGAACUAAUUGACCUUGUUAAAACUUAACUUUACUGGUAACUGUUGUGCAUUUGCUUUAUUUUACAGUACCUACAUGAGUGGUGCACUAACACACCUAGAUAAAAUAUCUAUAGCCUCUGUGCUGCAGGUUCAUUUCCUGGGGGAUAAUUCAUUGGAGUUUCAAUUGACCAGAGAUUUAAACAUUUUAGGCCAAACUUUCCAGUCUAGAAGAUUAUCUUAGUUGGCUAUUUUGGCCUUUACAAUUCACUGUUUAAUUUUAAUUUAUCCACAAUUUAUGGUUUAGUGAAUAAAUACUUUAGAUUAUUAUUUAAGUUGGGCAACAGUAAGAUAAACUGUAACUGAACAUUUGGAUAAAAACACUGAAGCCCUUUGAGUAACGUUGUUUAGCUAAGUGACUUAAACCAUUAUAAUGUGAGAGCAUGCUCAAAUAAUGUCCCACAUGUUGGAUCUCUUCUUUCUAUAAUAAGGCGAGUGUGUAAUUGAGUGUUGCAAACACACACUAAUGUACACAGAAAUAUUCUGAAGGCUGGCCCAGCCUGAAAUGGACAAUGGAUAUACAAUUCUUGUGGUCUUGUGUGUGUAAACUAGGGAGAAACAUUUACAAAUAACUUGGUGGAAGUUUCUAAAGAACUCUAUUGGAUGUACACUUGCCAAACUUAAAGAUAUAUUACACCUACCUCCUCAGACACUCAAAGCACCUCAAGUACUACAGGUUAUUGUCAAAUCAUAUUUGAAAUAUAUUUACAGUUGGGCACUUUAGCAUCACCAAAAGGGUUACAGCUGAUAUGGUGCUCAAAAAGUUAAUGGUAGUUAGACUUGUCAAAUCCUGCAUACUCAUGCAGAUAUUACAACUUCAUAAUAAGAUCACAAGCCGUGAGGAUUGGGCUAUGGGUGCCAAAGAAUGCACUGUUUAUCUCAAACCACUUGAAAAACUGUUUCAACUACCGGGAGGACUAAAUCCAUUGACUCCUAGCACCAUAAAUACAACAAUAAGCUACAAUUGUUAUGGUUCUUAGUGAGUCAAUUUAAAAUCAAUUAAAAACACAGAGCAUAUAUAAGUAAGAGAAAUAGAGAUAUUCAUGUCCAAAAUGCUCAACACAUAGCUCUCUUAACUGAUAAAAUAUUGGUAAGUGUCCCCUAGUAGCCUAUAGCAUUAAACAUAGACUGAAGAGGAUAUGCUUCAUUGAAAAGCCUCAUUCAUCCCACCUGUUUGAUAUUUGUAAUCCCUUCCCUGUGGCAUAAACCUGGACAAAGUCUAGAUUAAACACAAGUCCACAGAGGGAUCAAUGAUACACAUCAAUGGUCAAAAGUCAUGUAUUUCCAAAAAGUUACAUCUCACACUAACUACAAAAUAAUUUGUAAUUCAAGGGACUGUUCAUUUUGUUUCUGCACACAGUGUGUUACAGCUGCAGUGAGCAUUUUUAUUAUUACAUACUUUGCAUAUUUUUAAUGCAUUUUUUAUAUAAUUUGUUAAAAUAUUCAGGUCAUUCCCUGCCUGGAGUGUCCCAUGAAAAGAUUUCUAUUGGGCAAAAAAGUACUUAAUUCAGCUGACAAUACUGGAUUUAUGCAAAAUUAUGGAAUAUUUUGUGAAGACGAUAUACCUACUGAGUUGUUGUUGUUGUUCUUUUUUUUUUUUUUGCUGGUUUUUUAUGUUUCCUUUUUAGUGUCAUAGACAUUGGAAAUCCUCCACCUUGUGAAUUGUGUACAUUACUAGUGCUAGUGCACCUCAUUUGCACAGUAUGUAAGGAUAAGGCUAAUAAGAGCAUUAUGGGGGGCACUACACUAGCCUAUAAACCCGGAGAUUGGUGGCAACUUGCAAUCACAGAUAAUAUAUUUUCUUCUCUCUUUGGGGUAAGAGCAUUGGAUCCUGGUUAAUAUAUUGUCCAUGGGAUCCCUACGCAUUUUACUAAUUACAUCCUCCUGUCACAUGAUGAUGAGGCCAUGUAGCUCAAUUUAUUAUUGAAACAAGCCUAUAUAUAAUAUUGAUCCAGUUUAGCCCUUUAGGAAAACCAGCACGUUUCUAUGGAGAUUGCUCCACUUUUAGAAUUUCGUUAGUACAUUUUACAAAUAAUAACCCCUCCUCCACCCCCACACACACACAGAAUAACACACAUUAGAGCUGUUGCUUAAACAAUGUUUGUGACAAGACACAUAUUGAUUUCUUUUAUUAAGAGAAUAAAUUAGAUGAUCAAAAUUAAAAGUUACACUUUUAUUAUAUGUAGAGUCUAUACUGCUUUAGAGAUAUUUCACAACCUUUUACUGCUAAACAUUUUAGAAGAUUUAGAAGAAGAAAAAAAAUGUUUAGAAUGUUAUACUUAAUUCAACCUUCUUGUACUGACAGGGUUAAAAGAAGGAUUUUUUUUCCCUGACAAUUUUUAGUGUGCCUGCCAGUUUAUAUCCGUAUUAUCAUAAUCUUCUUUAUAACAUUUUUUCCACUUCAUUUGCACAGAAAACUUACACAACUGUUUGUGCAAACUUGUGAUCGCUUAACUCCUCAAUAAUGAUUGACGAUAAAUGUGAACCUUAAAAAUGUACAUAGUUCCUUGCAUAUGAAUAUUGGUUACAUUGUUAAUAGUGAAAUAGACAUAUAAACUACUUGUAGGAAAGACAUACCCAAUCCAACCUUUACUUUAAAGGAACACGCAAAACACCAUAAUGACUACAGCAUACUUAUGGUGCUGCCAAGAAUGAUCUGGCACCCUCCAACAGUAAGUAGUCAAUCUGUUUAAGAAUGGUUUGACAACUUACCUGAUACUGAUGGGUGGCAUGGCUUAGCUCAGUGAAAAAGCAGUUUUUCACUCCAGGCAGAAUAACCACUACAGCAGACUGCAGUGUUCAUGGUGUUUGGAGUGUUCCUUUUAACAGAGGGAAAAUAUAACAUUAAAGGUAGAAUAUUAGGUGUCCUAGAGAAGCUUACCACUGCAAGUGGCAAAUAGAACCACUAAAUUUGGAAUCUUGGAAAAUAAGUGAUGUGAUUUUCAAAUUUAGGGAAAAAUAGAUGAGUUGGGAAGAUAUCUUAACUGGAUAUUUUUGAGAGAAUGUGUAUGAUGUGUAUAACCUUUCCUGGAGAGAAUAGGGGCAAAAUCAGGCUAUACUAAAAAAAACAACUUUUUGAUUGGUUGUUUUGUUGGGAGCUAUCUGCCAUAGCUGUCCUUUCCAUGUUUCCUUUUUUCGUACACAGUCAAAAACAGUGACCAACAGAAUUGGACAUCAUAUUCCUGGCACCUAGUCACAACUCUUCUGUUCCCUACUAGACCACAGACCUAUCCUCCACUCAUAAGUAGCUGAGGAAGAACGAAGUUUAUUAAGAGAUAUCACAAAAUGGAUUUCACGCAUGGUUUACCAUUAGAAUCAUGUGUCACAAUCUGCGUUUAUAUUCUUAAUAUCCAGCCAGUGUCUUUGCAUUUACCUUAAAAAGCUUGAAAACUGAGGCCACCUUCCACUGAAUUAAUGGGGUACUGACACUUUUGCAAAUUUUAAUUUUACUAUGUCUGUCCGUAAAAUGUCUAGCCAUGGUUUAUAUAACGAGAACAGUUUGCUCUAAAUCGAUUUAACUUGGCAAGCAAGAACAGUGGACCGGAAUGUGCAUGCUUGAACAAUGACAACUUCACUGUACUAGUCAGUGGGGGCGCUAGAAGCUGUUGAGUGAGGAUUUGUACUGUGUGGCUGUCACAUUCAAAAUGAGUGAGUAGAGCAAUGUAUCUGCAUAAGUUUUGCGUUAAACUUGAACAUAGGAUCUAUUCAGAUGAUUCCGAAGAUAUUCGUGGACGAUCCAAUGAGUACAGCGCAAAUAAAAGUGUGGCGCAAACGUUUCAAAGAUGGUUGAGUAUCUGUUGCAAGUUUUGGCGCCCUGCGACUUCUGGCUUUUCCAGAAACUAAAAUCACCUCUGAAAGGAAAAAGUUUUCGGACCGUCGAUGAGAUUCAGGUAAAUACAACGAAGCAGCUGAUGGCGUUUCCAAGAAAGGAUUUUGCAGCUGUGUGAGGUCCCAAGGUGCCUAAUUUGAAGGGGUCUGAGGUGUCAAUGUCCUAUGAACAAUGUUUCUUAUAUCUUGUAUCUUCUUUAAUAUAUAUCUCUAUUUUUCAUAUUACAUGGCUGGAUACUUUCCGGACAGACUUCGUAUUUUCUUAUUCUCCAUGCAUGUUUGUGAGGUCUUAAAAGUAAAAUGAAAUGUAGAAAUCCAUACUUCUAUAGUUACCUCUAUCCUGGAACUGAGACGAUAGAGGAGGUUUGUCAAAGUGUUGCAGACAGGUUUGUGCAUUUUUUUGGACUAUAUCAUGUGUAUUAUUUUGGCACAAUUUAUUAUGUCUGUCAGAUUUUUUGGUCUGUUGCUUCUUUUUGGAUCUGCAACUGUUAUUUUUGAAUGUGUAAGAUUGUUUCAGUGAUGCAAUGGAUUUAUCAAGAUUUCUGUCCCUUUUCCCGCAAGCACAUUGUUUCAUUGCUCUUUUUUCAUUCACCGUAUAUUUGGCAGUAUUUUCUGAAAUAGCUAUUUCAACAAAUGUCAUAAUUCAGGCAGAGGAAAGCUCAUUUUUGUAAACCAUAUUUAGGACAAUUUAAUAAAUGUCAACAGAGACCAAAAAUUAAGAGACUUUUUCCAGAACACUUUAAUAAAACUACCCCAUUGUUUCUGGUCUUCCCCUCAUUUGCAUGGUGUGCCCUGGUUGCUGAAUUGCAAUGUCACUAUUGCCCAAAUACAAAAUUAACAAAAAAUACUGCUUAAUAGAUCAAGGAAGACAUGCAUCUAUUUAAUUAUGCAUUUUGUCAAUGGGGUAUAUAUAAAAAAAAGUUACAAAAAUAAUAAAAGAGGUAUGCAAGUACACCAAAGGUGACUAUGCCUCCCCUGUCUGGAGGUAAUGGUAGUCGUCCGUUAAAUAUUAUAUAGCUAAAAAGAAAACAAAAUUAUAAAAAUGGUAUAUAACAAUAUGUAUCUAGAGAAUUGCAAUCUAUGAAACACACCCAGUCUGUGUAGUCAUAACCCUAUAGGGUUAAUUCCUAUGUCCAUAUGAGAAAAAUCAGACAGUGGUCUCAAUAUUGUCCAGGAUUAGGUAAAAAGAGCUUUAUUGGUAUGGUUCCAAUGAAAUAUAUAAACCAGGAGUAUUAGAGUUAAUAUCUGAGUAUAUUAUUUAGAUGAGUCUGAGUAAUCCUAAAGUGCAGCUUCCAGUCAAAUAUCAAAACAGACAGGAGUUAUUUAGCAAGUUGUCAAAGUACUCCUUCUAAAUACUAGUGGCUUAUUAGGUUGUAUAGAUAUGUAUCAACAGGUGAUGGUAAUUAUAACACCUAGUCUAACAAGCUGUCCAAUGGAACUAUUCUGUCUAUAGCCAAAAAUUGUACUCAGAUAAUCACAGAAAUCAAGUAAUGGAGAGGAGAAAUAGCAAGAAAGUUCUAAUGUCAGUAAAUACUGGCAUGAAUUAAUAAUGUAGCAAAGCCUCUCUCCCUGGUAAUCUUGCUAGAUAGACAUAGAAACAAAAGGGAGGUAAUUAUAACAUGUUAAAUCAAAAGUGAGUCAAAAAAUAAGGUGCCCAGUGAAAAAGUGAACACUCAGAGCUUCAAAUGCCUGACCCUCGUUUCGGUGCAGUGCCACGUGCAACUUCAGGAUGCUGAUGCUAAAAUUGCAAAUUAAUACAGUCUGGGUGGAAAGCCUAACUUGGGAAGGAGGCUCUGUUUUCCAGCACCUAACUAUUCUGUGAUGGCAUUUUAGUCUACAAUCAAGUGUGCGCACAGCCUAUAUAUUUUUUGUCUUGGUAGCUGCUGUUAAAAGUUGGGUGAUGCAGCUAAAAUGGGGGCUCAGCAAGAUGUAGCUAAGAGGCAGUGCUUUGCAUGGUAGUUGGGUAGGCACGAAAUGCAAGCUUUGCUGUAACUCUACAAGGUGUUUAUGAAUGUGCAGGCUGUUGUGUGGUUGACAAACUAAUACUUAGCAUUGGAUUGGUUAAUCCCAUGGUUUUUCCUAAUUGCUUCACUAUAAGAAUCAUUUAAAUGAUUAAGCAAUGUUGGAGCACAAAGGAUUGGAUUUUCAGAAGCUCAGUACUGACUUCUGGUAAGAAUUUAAGAGAUAGGAGAGUUUAAAAAAAAAAAUUAAAUAAAUGCAUAAGUUUUAACAAUGCCUUAACCUAUGCAUUAAAAUACCCAUUUUUGCAAUAGAGGCUAUACCCAUAAUGGUUUUCCUUGUUCCUUUUUAUAAUGUAGUAAGAUGACAAAUACAUUCUAAAUUAUAUAACAAAACAAACUGGGGAAUAUCUUCUUUUUGACCAAUGUUUUACAAAAUUGGCCAAGUCACCGUUUACUAAAUUCACCUCUAUGUAUGUGAUUUUUAUAUCUUAAGAGCCACAUGUUUGCACUCCAAUACCUGAGGUGCUAAGGCUAGCCGUCGGCGUCAAUGCCCUAAAUAGGAGCAGCUUAGCAGGCAGGGAUAGUGUGGCAAGUCUGUGGUGUGCCAGAUGUUGUGGACAGACAGUGCAAUUGUUUACCCCUGAUAACAAUAUAAAAUCUCAAAGAUAAUUUUUCAUUGUGUCUUGUCUUUUACACCAGAAAUAGUUCUAUUUUCUUUUACUCAAUGUAAAACCUCUGUGCUCAAUAGCCCAUCAGUUAAAAACAUAGCCAGAUGCUUUUGGAAUACAUGCACUAAACCUCUUAUUCUAAAAACAAACAUGCCUAGUACGUACAAAUAUAUAUCUAUAUAUCCUGGUUAAUGUAAUGGAUUGCUGAGAAUUAUGAAUCAAAUUGCAUAACAUAUACUUUUUUUUUAUCCAUUUAUCUUGAAAUAUCUAUCCAGCAGUUGUAAAUAUAUGUCUGUAUUGUGUGCAAUGGUUUUGUAGUAUAAAAAAACAUAUUUGUUUGUAUGCUAUUUGUUUUCCUAACGUUUUGUUUCAUACCAUUUCUAUUUCUCUAUUGCUGAAAUACACACUAGUAUUUGUGUGUGCAUUAGUAUUUGUGUUGCUGUUUUUGUCUCAUGGUUUGAUCUCAUGACCUUCAAGAUUUGAAGGGCAAAAGCUGCGUAACUCCUGGGAGCCAUGCCACAGCUCCACCCCUGCUGGCAGGGACACACUAUUAUUGGCAAGGGGGUAGUGCUUUUACCCACUUGUGGCUGCAAAAUACCAUAAUGAUGAGACUUGAAACUGUGUUGUGCUGUUCCCUGUAAGAGCUGUAUGUCAAGUACGGGAGGAGGAAGCUAGUGCAGUUCUAAGGAAGCAUAAGGCAAAGGAUUGCCACUAUUUUCUCCUUUCUUCCAGAAGGAUUCUAAUUGGAGAACAAAUAUAUAUUCAGUUUGUAGAUAUAACUAUGCUGAAGACCCAGGAACAGGGGUGGGAGGUAAUACUUGUUCUUAGCCUACUUUAAAGAUAGUGUAUUCUACGAUAGAUGUAGUUAGCAAUUAUUUUCUUUUAGCAAAUACUGCUCAUGAGAUCAUUUGGUUUUACUUAUUAUUUGCUUGACUUAAUCUUCUUUGAUUUUGUUUUAACCGGCCGGCUGGCAAAAUGCCAGCUUUAGGUAGACCUUAGUAAAUACACAAAAACAGAGUGGGACAUGGAGAGCUGCCCUCGGAUAAUUUCUCUGGCUAGGUCGCAAAGUUUGUUAUUGACAGAACCAGUGUCAGUUUGUAGUACAAGGCAUGUGAAUCUGAGUAAGAGCAAACCUGUGUUAGGCAGUGGCGUCUGGUGCAAAAAGUUUUGGUGCAAGAGUUUUUUAGGGCCCCUUAUCGCAAGGAUGGCCAACAGGUAGAUUCAUAUCUAUUGUACAACUUCUGCAAUGCUUUGCCAGCUGGGGAUCUACCAUUUGCCCAACUUUCCAGAGUUGUAUUUAGCACUAAGCAGUUGCUUGUGUGUUUGAAUAUAAGCAUGUGUUUGUAUGGAGUAUGUGAAUGUUGGGGUGAAUUUGUGUGUAGUGUUGUGUGUAUUUGUGUACUGUUGUAAAAUACAUAGGUGCACAUGUAUACAUACAGAUGCACACAUAGAUACACACAAACAGGCAUACAUAGAACAUGUACAUUUUUUAGCCACCAUCUUGUUUCCUACCUUUAGGAAACAGGAGAAUGGCUCCCUCUUCUCUGCCUCUCCUGCACGGUGCUCUAUGUUAGCUGGGAGCAAGUGACCGUCUGUCACUUCCUCCCAGCACUGACAUCAGUAAAGGGGCCUGGUCGCACUUUUAAUAAGCCUCAGUACUGUAUGGCCACUGAGGACACACUGCCAUCAGCUGGCCCUUACUGAAUGGGCCACACAAUGUGCCCUCUCAGGGUGCCGGCCUUGGAGCAGCCGCACGGGCAGAAGUUCCCCCAGUGGUGUAAUGAUGAGUGUCAGAAUAUUCAGUAAAAAUAUAAACAGGGGGUUUGAUCAAUUCCUAACUUGAACAGUAUAACUUAUCCCUUGAUACUUCAAUAUAAGAGAGCACAAAGAGUUAGCUGAUGAAUCAGUAUAUUCUGAGAAAAUGAAUUGAUACUGUUUUGAUGGAGACAACUGACCACCAGGCAGAGCUUCUCUUACCUAGGAACAGGAGACCCCCAAAUUGUUCUAUAUACAUAUGACUCUAAAUCAGGGGUAGUCAACCUUUUAAUACCUACCGCCCACUUUUGUAUCUUUGUUGAUGGUAAAAUUUACUUACAGCCCACCAGUGCCGCUGUAACUAAUUUUCUAGCGCAAGUUCAUUUUUUUUAUUUUAGAAACGAGGAUUUGUUUAAAAAAAAUAUGUACUUAAAUGUAUCUAUUUUUUUAAAAAAAAUUCUAUACUUUUUUUUCUACGUGUGUCUGAGGUGCUGUGUGUGUUUGAAGGGUGUAGUGUGUGUGUGUGGGUAUGUGUGUCAGAGGUGCAUUGUGUGUGAGGGAGCAGUGAAUGUCCAAGGGAGCAGUGAAUGUCCAAGGGGGCAGUGAUUGUGCGAGGGGGCAGUGCGUGUGUGAGGGGACAAUGCAUGUGUGAGGGGGCAGAGAGGUGCAGUGUUUGUGUGAAGGGGGCAGCGUGUGGGGGCAGUGUUUGUGUGAUGGGAGCAGUGCGUGUGUGAGGGGGCAGUGCGAGUGAGAGUGUGAAGGGUGCAGUGCAUAUAUCAGGGGGCAGUCUGUGUGUGUGUGUGAGGGGGCAGUGUAUAUGAGGGGUGCACUGUGUGUGUGUGUGGGGGGUGUAGUGUUUUUGUGUGUGAAUGGUGCAUAGGGUCUAUGUUUGUGUGAAGGAGCAGUGUGUGUGUGAGGGAGCAAUGCAUGUGUGAGGGGACAGAGGGGUGCAGUGUAUGUGUGUGUGUGAAGGGUUCAGCGUGUGUGUGUGAAGGGUGCAGCGUGUGUGAUGGGAACAGUGAGUGUGAAGGGUACAGUGCAUAUAUGAGGGGGCAGUCUGUGUGUGUGUGUGUGUGAGGGGGCAGUGUGUAUGAGGGGUGCACUGUGUGUGUGUGGUGUGUAGUGUGUUUGUGUGUGAAUGGUGCAUAGGGUCUAUGCUGUGUGUAGGUGUGUGAGAUGUGAAAAUCUAUCUUAAUGGCUCCUCCUCCCUUAUUCUUACAUUCAUCAGGGAGGGGGGACAUAAUGCUGCAAGCCCUGGUGGUCCACUGGUGGCAUGUCCACUUUAGCCCUUAGCUCCUCCGGCUGCAGGCUAAGUCUCCGUUCUCCUGCGAGCACAGCACUGUAUAAAGCAUUGCCAUGUUACGCUCUGACCAGCCUGCUCGCGGGAGGAACACAGAGCCUCCGAGGCCCUUUCCUCCCUCUGAACAAAAGAUCUUUGAUCUCCUCACCAGUCUGAGAGGGCUUUCAGCAAGGCUGGCUCUGCUUGGGCUGGCAGGGGAGAUGAAAGGAUCUCCCCUGCCAGCCUUGGUACUCGGCCAUCGAGGCCCACUGGGCACCUGAAAUCCCAAACUGCCCUGUGCCCACCCAAACUAGUGAAUGGUAGGGACCAGCUUGACUACCCAUGCUCUAAGUGGUAAUAGGAGAGCUGUGACCGUGAACAUACAACUGUUCUCACAGUUGCCUUUUCUUAACAAAAAAUAUAUUGUGGAACGUCAUUGACCCAAGCUGAGUUUAUAUAGAAGACAUCAAAGGAUCACUAUAGUGUCAGGAAAACAAACUCGUUUUCCUGACACUAUAUAACUCUUAGGUCCCCCCUACCCUCAGGGAUCCCUCCCUUGGCGCUGAGGGAGUUAAAACCCCAUCAGUUACUUUAAUCCGGCCCUGGUGACUUCUCCUCCCCCGCCGACGUCAGCUCCCGAGUGGAGCAGAAUGCGCGCACGGCUCUUGCUCUUUCUCAAUGCUUACCUAUGGACGUUCUGCAUCCAGCGUCGCAGAAGCGCCUCUAGCGGCUGUCAGGAAGACAGCCACUAGAGGCUGGAUUAACCCUGCAAUGUAAACAUAGCAGUUUCUCUGAAACUGGUAUGUUUACAUCUGAAGGGUUAAAACCUGGGGGACCUGGCACCCAGACCACUUAAUUGAGCUGAAGUGGUCUGGGUGACUAUAGUGUCCCUUUAAGUUAACAGGUGGCAAGUAACACAUAGGGCCUCACACUGUUCUGAUUGAGGACUGGGGUGGACAAAGGAUUCCAUGUAAGUUGUAACUAAGGAUUAUGUAAGUGUUUAUGUGCAUUGGACAUAGCACGAGGAUGUUGUGCCAGAAUCCAUAGUGGUUUGACAGCGUCUGGUAUCUGUUAUACAGGAUGCAAGUUGUGAUAGCCACCGUCGGAUGCUUUUUUGGCAGGAUAAUCGAGGGCUAUUAUAAUGAAUGUUAUUACAUUAUGAACAGCUUGUCGAUCUAAAGUGAAAUCUGAUUUCCGCUUUAAAUCCAAUUAAAUUUUUCCCACUUAUGCAGCAGAACUGGAAAUCAGUUCAAGUUGGGUUUGUUUUGACUUCUUUUGGAUUAACAAAAAAUAUACUUGAUUCUACUUCAGUCUAUAUUAUUAUGUUAGUGAUUGGUUUCUAUUAGUAGAAUGAUUACUGAGCAGAAUCCUUUCCCACAGUACUACACCUCGUCAAACAUAAAUUGAAAUUCUAUUCUCAACAGCCUUCAAAAUUUUUAUUUCAUUAUUAAUAUGAGCUUCUGAUCUUUAUUUCCUGUCUUAUUCUUUUUUAAUGAUUGAGAUAUUGUUUUACACUACAAAACAUUCAAGGUUAGUCAUUUGCUUGUGUACAAUUGUGAAAUUGGCAUCCUUUUUUUACUGUGGCUGUCCUAGCUUUCUCAGGUGACUGAUGCUCCAUUAACAUUUUUCGAAGAAAUGGCCUGUUCUGUGCUGUUAGGAAUAACCCCAGAUCUCCUUACAUGAUUGUAGAUAACAUUUUAAUUUGCUACUACAUAUCAAAAUGUACUCUUUGAGGGUUAUAGGAGGUGAGGGGAGGUGAAACACCAAUGGUGUCUAUAAACAGAUCAGCAGGCCUGAGGUGUCAGAUUCUGUAGUACAACUCUAUGUGCCCACUACUGUCACCGUCAAUAAAUAACACUUAUUGGCACUGUCUACUAUUUGCUUCAGUCAAGUGCUUUACAAUAUGUGACCCACUGUAUUUAUUUUGCAGGUUUGGAGAUGUCUGAGCUCCAAGAAGUCCAGAUCACAGAUCUUCAGGACCCUUUAAAGGUCAGAUUUGAAUUCCUAUGUACUAACAACAGCCAGUGACCAUUCCAUCCUUAACUCACAUCUCUAAAUGCUUACCUCUUUGUUUCAGGCAGCCGAACUUGCUGCAAAAUUACUGCAAGUGCAAGAGCAGGUAUGUGCCUUGAAUACAUAUGUAUAUAUUGGAGCACGUAACUGAGAUACAUGUAUGUGUAUAUUUUCUUGUCUUGACUGCUAGCCAGUAUGGACUAGUGGGGACCAGUUGUUGAUUGUGGCUCUAAUCUGUUAAUUUAUCAAUAUUUACUUUAGUUUGUUCUUUGGCCACAGCCAAAGAUUGGUCACUCAAAGCUUUUGCUUUCAGCAAAAUAACAUUUUAUGAGUGUUGGCCCCACACUAGUCAACCUAAGGCCCCCAACUGGGAAAAAAAGCCUACCACAAAAAAUAAAAAAAUUAAAUAUUGAUAGUUGUCAUACUAAAAAACAAUAGUAGGUAGUUUUAGCAGCCCAAAUGCUGUUUACCGUCAAAAGACAUUACUGCACUGCUCAAUAAAUUCCAUCUACUCUUGUACAUAAUUAUAUUCCUUGUGAUAAAUAUAUAAUAAAAAUAAUUUUUUAUUAGGCAAAAUUUUCAGUUGUUACACCCAUGUUGCUUUGUACUCCUAUUAUCUUUCAUGGUGUAAAAAGAGUAUAAAAAGAAUUUAAGGAAUUUUAUGUGUUUAUUCACAUUUUAUGUACAGAAGCCCAAAUGUUUUUCCAACUCGAUUUUUACUAUUUGUCUGAGUUGUUAUCUCUAGAAAACAAGUUGGUUUAUCAAGAUAGAAAGUUGUUUUCUCUAGAUAACAAAUCAGGAAAAAUAUCAAAAAUACAUGGCCUCUCUGGGCUUCCAUUUUUUUAAGUAAUGUAAAUAUAUAUAUAUAUAAUUUUUUUUAAAAAAUGUCUUUAAUAUUAUUAAAGGGACUUUCCAGUUGACCUCCACCUCUAUUUUUAUUGUAUAAUGGAGAUAGUGGUAAUAGUGCAUUAAAUUACAGAUGCUCAUUUAAAGAUGUAUAACACAAAUAUGCUGCUUAAAUUGACUAAGAUUCUAAGCGUAUUAUAAUUCUACAAUUGUUUUCAAUUAAGUUUUUACACAUAUACCACAAACCUCUGUCCAUCUAAGGUUUAUGGGAUAAAUAGUAAGGACGUUACAAUAUGAAGAGUUUCAUGAAGAAGAUGGCAACUAGACAAGAUUAACCCACUCGGCAAGCUAAUAGAGAUUGAAAUACACUCUGAAGGAACUUUAGUUAAAUGUGAAGCUGCUGUACAUAUUCUUUUACACUAAGCUACAUGAGACCCUGUAUUGGUUACAUUGCAUUUGUGCAUCACCCUGUGGCAUCACAGGCUUGUUUUUUAUACAUCAAUGCAACUAUUAUAGAAUUGGAUGAAGACAGACAAUAGCAGUGAUCCCUUUGAAUCCUAACAUAUGCAAGCAGCAUAAGUGAUUAUGGUUCUUGGCGUUUAAAAUUUUCAUUUUAGAAUAACUUACUGCAUAUGCGUGUGGCUGUCAGCAUGUGCAAUAGGAUUAUUCUGCAUUUAAAACUAGCUGUCCUGAAUAAUCAUACUCAAAGAUACAUGUGUACAUGUGAGAGUAUACCAACAAACAAACAACUGUUUGGACUCCUAUUCUGUUUGCUGCACAUUCAACAUUUCCUCAGCUACUCUGUUUUUCUAGCGAAGUUUCAGAUUUCUUGAAGAAGAAAGACUGGAAGGCAUGCCAAAGACUGGAAGGCAUGCUGAGAGAUGUAGCUCCUAAUAUACUUAGAAACAGAUGUUGGGUGUAAUUGCGUGCACUAGGAGUUAAUAUCACGGCAAUGUGUUGCUACUAUAAGAGGAGAUGUUAUAUGUAGUGUUGCAUAGCAUUGCCUUGCAUUAAGCGUUCACAUAUAUUGUUAUUGCUUUGUGUGUUUAUUUAUUGGGAUUUGUGUGCUAAGUGAAUAGCAUACAUGGCAUACAUGCACUUAUUUACCUUACUUGUGUCACAUACAGUGUGUGUAUGUGUUUUUCUUGAGUGAGCUCAUUCCUAUUCUCUGUGUGUUUCGUGGUGUAGAAGCACUCUAUCGAGACUCCCUAUGGAGUGGUGACAGUCACGAUUCAGGGCACCCCCAAACCCAAGCGGCCUGCAAUUUUAACAUUCCACGAUGUGGGGAUGGACCGUGAGUACAGAAGGCUGUCUGUGUCCUACUGACUGUUGUGAAUGACUUGUGUUCACAUUGUCUUUGUUGUAAUAUGUUAGUCUUUGUCCAUCUGUCUGUGUUUGUUUGUUUGUUUGUUUGACUGACCACUGUAGUUAGCUUACCCACUUGAAAGCAGCAUCUAUAACACACUUCUUGAUGGACUAUGUCUCACUGUUACCUGUGACCUGCCAAUGACCGUGUUAUUUCCUGAUUGACUCAGUCUGGACCUCUGUGUGACUCAUGGUAACCUUGGCUCAUGUCUAACUCAUGCUAUCUAUUUUUUUGUUUUAAAUUUUGUGAGUCUACAAUAAACUGAAUAUUGUUUAUAUUGACAGUGACUAUAUGCAUUAUAUUCACAUCUACAGGAAAUUCUAAACUGGCUGCUGGAGCACAGUGAGGUCCAGCAAACCUGUAGUUUACAUCUAUUACGCACAUAGUUUGUACAAUAUGCACAGUAUCUCAGCAGAUGCAUACCAUGACACAUUUCUACUCGUAGUGUUUGUUAGGCAAGUAGCACUUGUUAUAUAUUUUGGUGAACAUCCAUUCCCUAAAUGUCUCGUUUGUCUUGGGAACGCAUACCGCACAUUUUAGCCAGGUAAGGGAAACAGCUUGCCUGGCAUUUCAGACAAAAGGUACCACAUGUAAGUUGGAAUGGUAACCUCCAUUCCUCUUUUAACAUGAUCAGUAGCAAAAUAAUAUAUAAUUAGAAGGAAAUGGCAGUGUGUUACAAUUCUAUGAAGUAUCUAACAUCAGGUGCAUUAUUAUCUACACUGGUUGUACAUUUUUUGUGGCAUCUAAUUUCAGCUUUCACACAAUGCACCCAUUAGAUUGGUCCAGCUCUCCAUAGAAAUAUGGUACCUAUAUCAGAACCAGGUAUGACUGUAUAGGUAAUGCCAGUGACAGUAGCAUGUGAGGUACUUUGUGGUGCUAUUGUUAGCAUAUAAAAAAAAACAUGCUGUGGAAAAAAAAACAUACUCUAUAACAAUGCCAACCCUACAGACUUAUACAGGGUUUUUUGAGGAGAUAGGCAUUUAGGGGGGGGAAAAAACCUUUAUUUUCCCUUUAGUCCAGUUAACUCAAUUUUCAGGAAAAGUUAUAUAUUAUUUCACUUCCAGUUUAAUCUAAAAUCACACGCUUCUCAUUUUCUGACAGUCUAAUUCCUUGCAAUUAACUGGCAUGAUUUUCUUUUUCUUUAAUGUACUUUUUUUACACUCUAUGAGUCAAUGUGAUCAUCCCAGAACUUUGUCUCAUAUUCUUUCCUAAAAUCUGUGUCCUAUGUGUAUAUUUUUGCACUGACGUUCUCUCAUUGUGCCUUCUCAGACAAAUUGUGCUUUGACACACUCUUUAAGUACGAAGAUAUGUGUGAAAUUGUGAAGAACUUUGUUGUGUGUCACAUCGAUGCUCCAGGACAAGAGGAAGGAGCCGCAAUUUAUCCUGUUGGGUGAGUUCUGUACUGCAUUAUGAUUGUGUUAUUUAACCUGAACCUUCGGAAGUUAUCGGGCUGUGUUUCUUAUUUUCCUGUUUCUUUCAACUACUUCCUAGUUAUAUCUUCCUUUCUACAUGAGUUUCUCAUUCACUCUCCUAUUCACACAGAUAUCAGUACCCCUCCCUCGAUCAGCUGGCAGAGACCAUCCCAUCUGUGCUCCAAUACCUGAAGUGAGUGACCAUAAGUUACCAAAAUGCACACAUUAACAUCACUUUUUAUAGAACAGGUUUAACUUUGUCUUUUUAUGUUGCAGCUUCCCCAGUAUUAUUGGAAUUGGAGUCGGAGCAGGAGCCUAUGUCCUCGCUAGAUACACAGUAAGUGUCACCCUUUAGAAUACACUUCCAUGCAGAGGUAGAGACCACUCAUGGGGUAGACAAUAAAAUAGAGAUUAAUAGGCAAUACAUUUGAGACCAGUACAUGUAUUAUUUUAUCUAUGACUGAUGGAAAAGUAUACAUGCACAAAUAAUUAAUAUAGUUUUAGGUGUUUUUUUUUUUUUUUAAAGUGUCUUUUCUACAGUAUGCAUCCAUUAAAAAUGUGUUCCUUGCAACCAGAUUAUGGAAUGCCACAUCUUAAAUGGACCACAUGCAAAAAUGUUCUCGUUGUAAACCAUUUUUAUUGUGUUUUUAGAAUGUAAAUGAAGGAAAUAUGUGUGGCAGGGGGUUGUAAUAAUAUACAGAGUACAUGUACACCAGAAUCUUGAAUGCCAUUAGCUAAUCAUCAACAAUAUUUAGUGGGUCUUUCUCACCUCUUUUGAGUAUUUCAUAGAGAUAUCAUCUUUGUAAAAUAUUCAUAUUGACUGUAUUGAUAAAUCCUGUAAAAGGUGACGCUUCCAUCCCACUUGGAUUGGUAAGUCACUUUAUUUUAUAUUGUAUAUAUAGCUUAUUUGGUUUUAUCACUUGUUGAUCUUGAGAAAGACCCAUUUUGGGGUCGAAACGUCGAUCGGGACAGAGUGUAAAUUUUUUGCUAACAUGCAAUAAAAUAUACCAGUUUUUUUCAUGAAAAUUCCUUGAGUGCACCCACUUCAUUUUUGGAAUUAUAUAUAUGUGUGUGUGUAAGUGUGUAUAUAUAUAUAUAUAUUACAUGAUGGCACUCUCAGGACUUUCCAGUAAAACUUAACUUCUAAUGUCUUACAUAAAAAUCUACAUUUCAGCUUGAUAUCCUCGAGCUUUCAUAUGAUGAAGCUUGAGGAUAUCAAGCUGAAACAUUGAUUUUUGUUUUCUGCAUUUGUAAGUUCAUCUAAGGGUUUAGAUAGGAUUGUAUGAGAGCACCGACUGACCGGCUUGGAGUUGCUACCAGCGGUCAUCUGCAACAAAUCGUGAGCGAGAUCUAGCUUGCGCUGAGGCGGCUUGAGAGUGUUAUGUAUCAUCUUAGUGAUUUACACAGAUUAAAUGGAAGUAGCAUUCCACAUACCCUCACGGUCCUAAAGUGAAUUUAAAGUAUUUCUUAAAUUGUCUUAAGUAAGACUAUUUCCAGGGAAGGGAGAACUAGAAAUACAAGCAUAUAUACGUGAAAUAUGACUAUUCUGGACCGGCUGCAGAGGCUAUGAAUGUGUUUUUUCAGGAGCACAUGGCGCUCAUUGCCCUGAUGAGAUUAUCCAUACCAAAUCACCUUACCAGAUAGUUUACUCAGUCACAACUCACAUGUAAGAAGAUCUGCCGUGUUUAUUCGUCAUAUGAUCUGUAGAAUGUGCAGUUACGACAGGUAAAAGAACAAUUCUUCCAUACAGGAUAGCAGAGAAACAAGUCACAUAUGAAUGUACAGCAUAGAAUACACUAGAACAGAAAAAAGGCGAGAAGUACCAAUUCUUAGGUAACGUCAGUGGAAAUUGAGUAGGAGUUUUCGUGAAGAAACCUUGGAGGCGUCAGCCACAAGCAACCAUGGAGAGCUGCUGGGGAUAUAGGUCUUGUCCCAUAAUCAGCAGGAUUAAGGUCCGUGGGAAUAUAAUGCCAUUGCUUUGGCAGAGAGAACCUUCUGAUACAUUCUACUCGAUUACUGACAUACACGUAAAAUUGUUUGGUUUGGUUGUAAAUGUAUCAAAGCACUAUCUUACUGUCUGUGUAAAAUGUGAAGGAAUCGAUUUUAAUGUCCAUUUCACUCUUUAUGACUUCGGCUAUUUCCACGGCUAGCACGGCUGCACAAAGUUCAAGUCUGGGUAUGGUAUGUGCAGGUUUUGGUGUUAGCUUUGCCUUGCCUAGAACAAAAUUGCAAUGUAUGUCUCCAUUGAUCCCUGAGGUCUUCAAAUAGGCCACUGCAGCUAUAGCUUCAACUGAUGCAUCUGAGAAAAUAUGGAUUUAGCGGCUGAAAUGGAGACUGGGGCAUAGCAACGUGGAAUUUGGAGCUGUUCUAGUGGCUUCAGAGAACCUCUCCAUUUCUCCCAUCUUUGUUGUUUCUCCAUGGGUAACGGAGUGUCCCAAUCUAUGUUAUCAGUAGUAAGCUGUCUUAGAAGCAUCUUACCUUGGGUGGCGACUGGGGCUAUAAAUCCCAGUGGGUCGUAGAUGCUAUUCACCAUGGACAAGACUCCUCUCUUGGUAAAAGGUUUGUCACAGGUUGACACUUGAAAGGUGAAUGUGUCUUCUUUGAUGUUCCACAGCAGACCUAGACUUCUCUGCAAAGGAGGCGUGUCUGACCCAAGGUCAAGGUCUUUCACGCUGGCAGCAUAGUCCUCAUAGUGAAAUGCAUUCAUUAGCUCUUGGCUGUUGGAUAUAAUCUUGUGGAGUCUCAAGUUUGCUACGGAUAGCAUCUCCUUUGUUCGGGUGAGAAGAUCAAUUGCUUCUUUAGCAGUAGGAAAGGAUUUGAGCCCGUCGUCUACGUAAAAGUUUAUUUCGACAAAUUGACGAGCGUCGGAUCCAUACUCAGCUUCUCCAAGCUGGGCUGUCCUUUUUAGUCCAUUGAUUGCUACAGCUAGGGAAGGGCUGUUCCCAAACACAUGCACCCUCAUUCGGUAAUCAAUUACCUCUCUGUUGAGGUCAUUGUCCUUGUGCCAUAGGUAGUUUCUGUUGUCUUCCUUGACGAUGAAGCAGUGGAACAUUUGUUGAAUGUCCGCCAUCACUGCAACAGGUUCUUGUCUAAAACGAAUUAGGACUCCAAUCAGGCUGUUGUUCAAGUUGGGCCCUGUGAGGAGCAUGUUGUUAAGUGAGAUGCCUUCAUGUUGGGCACUGGAGUCAAAGACAACUCUGAUUUGGUCUGGCUUUCAUGGGUGAUACACACCUAAGGAAGGGAGGUACCAGCAUUCUUCUCCUUCUUUCAGUGGAGGUGCGGGUUCAGAAUGACCUCUAUCAAAGAUAUUCUGGAUAAAGUCUACAAAAUGAAACCUUGUUUUCCCGUUUGUAUUUUGACCCAAUUUGGAUCCACUUUUCUCGUAGGCCAUACGGAAGCUUGUAAAUGAUGGGGUCAGUUUUGGCAAGCUGGACUUCGAGAAGAAGGUCACUGAGUCUCUGGAACUCUUUAUUGUCCUUACCGGAUAUCGUUGGGAAAUUUUCCAAUCGUUUGAGCAAUGCAUUCUCUAUGGCUUCAGGACUACCAUAACUCUGUUCUAGACGCUCCCAUGCAGCGGUAAGACCUGCAGUUGGAUUGUCGAUGUAGACUGACCUGAGGCUCUUGACACGUUCUGUAGAUUGUGGGCCAAGCCACCUGAUCAGCAGAUCCAGCUCCUCAGCAGCAGUAAUACCAAGAUCACCUAUAGUAGUUUUAAAGGCAGCUUUCCAGCUUCUGUAAUUUUCGGGAUGGGCAUCGAAGCUUAUUAGGCCUGACUUGGUGAGCUCUCGUCGAAGUAUAUACUUUACGAACUCUGCUGUAUCAGUUGCCUCUGACUUUACGUAGGAGGUCACUGGUUGAAUGUUGCGGAUUGCGUUGUUUAUGGUAUUGUUGUGAAAAGACUUCGGAAGAUAUGGUGCAACAAGGGGGUUCAGCUGAGUUGUUGGGUUAAAGUCUGGAACGGUACUAUUAGCAGGAGGUUGGUGACUUGCUUGCAGAUUGGCGUGCAAUUUUGUGACGUAUGCAGAAUCAGCAUGACAGUCAGGCGCUGCACUGGGGUGGUUUUGCAUGUAGGAAGUUGCUGGAACAGCUUUUGCCUGGUGGUGUGGUGAAGUCCUCGCGUUGUCGUGCAGAAUGGAGGCAAAUGAGUGCUCGCUGCUGUGGUUUAGAACAUAGUUCUUAGUGCGUUCGAAUGGAUCUUCCACAUCUGCCUUGACGCUGACCCUUUCACUAGCAUUAUCAUCUGCACCGAUAGCUUGUUCCAAAAUCUUUAGUCUUGCUUCAGCUGCCUCGUAGUUGCUCUGUUCCUUUAAAGCUUCAAUUGCUGCUCUUUGACAUGCUGUCUGAGCUUCCAUUGCUGCCCUUUGACGUGCUGCUUUAGAUGCUGCCUCAGCUUCCAUUGCUGCCGCUUCGGCUUGCAUUGCUGCAGCCUCAGCCUUCAUGUCUGCUCUCUUUUUAGCAUAUACAGCCUGUACUUUGCUAGCCUCUGCUUCGGCACGGGCAUUUAUAAGCUGUUCACUAAGCGUUGAGUGCCUUGAACUUCGGGAUCUAGAGGACGUUUUAGAAUGUCUGGUGGAUACGGAUCUGUGAGAUACGGUGUCCUGUGGCUGCUUUAAUUUUGCUUCUGCCUUUGCUUUAGUUAGCAGGAUAAAGCUUUCUCUUUCCAUGUUAAGAAGCUGGACGUUGUUAAGUUGCUCUAAUGAUUCCUCAGUGUUAAUGUUUUGCAGAAUAGUUAUAUAUUUAUUGCUUGUAGUCUGGUACAGUUCUUAUGAAGCAGAGAGAUGUUUUAUGGCGCCCUCUAGUUGCAGUACCUCAUGGCUGGGACAUGAAAUCACAUCAAUGUAGGUGAGGAUUUUAUCCCAAAUCUGCUUCAAACUGGUUGCUAGUUCAGUUUUCAUGGAUUCAUAGUUCUCUUUAACCUUCCAUGUGGGUUUCACAGAGCGUUUAGCUAAUGCACUGGGCUCUGGGUCCUCAUCCUGGCUUUCUCCAUGUGGUGUAUGCUGUGGUGUUUCACAUACUGAGCCCUUUCCACUCAUGAUGGCCUGAGGUACACAGGCCUGGCUGUAGCAGUGAAGUGUGUAUGUGUACUGUGUGGGGCUGUAACAAGCUGUGCUGGGGUUGAAUGCAGACUUCUCAUACAAUACACACAGUUACACUUCGCUAUGAUCUGUCCUGUGACACAGCAAUCUCUGUACAAGCUGCUGGAUAUGUUCUUUUACUAUUCUGACCGGCUGCAGAGUUUAUGAAUGUGUUUUUCAGGAGCACAUGGCGCUCAUUGCCCUGAUGAGAUUAUCCAUACCAAAUCACCUUCCCAGAUAGUUUACUCAGUCACAACUCACAUGUAAGAAGAUCUGGCGGUGUUUAUUCGUCAUAUGAUCUGUAGAAUGUGCAGUUAUGACAGGUAAAAGAACAAUUCUUCCAUACAGGAUAGCAGAGAAACAAGUCACAUAUGAAUGUACAGCAUAGAAUACACUAGAACAGAAAAAAGGGGAGGGGAGUACCUGGAGCAGUAUGCAAACUAUGGAGUGGCCCAAGGGACAAACUUAAGAUGAACAUUAAAGAAACAGUACAUUAUAAUAAAACAAUAUCAUGUAACAUGACAAUGACCUGUUUGAAAUGAGGUGUGUAAACAUUCAUACUCAAAUUGAGUGAGGCGUUGGCAAUCACUCUCCCUAAUUUUGAUUUGGUUCAUCAACUUACAAAUAGCAGAAAGUUUUGAAGGAGGCUAAAGAUGACUGAUACUAACAUUUUAAAAAAAACCUUACCCUCCCAUCCAUAUAGAUGUGCUGAGAGAUUCCUGCAUCCAAAAAUGAUUUAAAGUCUAUAGUUUAUAGUUUGCCUGCCAGGAGGGAAUUUAUAAUUGCAGAGAAAAAGGAUGAGAGGGGAGGGGGAGGGAUACUAUUUUGUUCCACAGUGUAAUGGAAUAAAGAAUUGAAGGGCACUUUUAGGGGUAGGAGACAACGUUGUUUAGAUACCCAAAUAUUUAUGGAUAGAGUGCUCCAAGUCCUCUCACUGCAUCUCCCCAGUCUAGGUGCUGUCCAUAUGUCAUUGGUGCACUUGUCUGGACUGAAUAGUCAUAAUAACGUUGGAAAGGCCCUAAUCUCCUAGUUGUGAGCAUAAAGAAUGCUAGGUAUAGUCUAGUUUAUGUUGCCACCUGAUUAACUUGCUUGUCGUGUAUUGUAAAGAAACAAAAUCUGCUUUGACUAAUUGGAUUGGUAAGCACUGAAAGAAAUAUAUGAAGUGGUGAAGUGAGUUUAUCUUAAUUAUACCAAUGCAACCAAGUAUGAAUAAGACCUUUUUAAUAAUCACUUUUUUGGUUUUGACACAGCUCAUAAUCUCACUAGUCCACUUAAUCUUGUGACCGCUUUAUCCCUCUUUUCUCUGGAACACAUUCCUAUUGCAGAGCAGCUGAUACAGUCGAUCUUCCUACUUCUUACAGUCAUCUUCCUCAACCUUUGUUUUUGUCAUUAUGGUCUUCCUCUCCAUUUUGAAUGCCCAUCACUUACCUUGUACAAACAUAUCUUCUUCUCUGCCAUGUGAUAUUUUCCUGCAUUCUCAUUCUCAUACUUGCUCCAUCUCAUUUCUGGAGUCCUCACUGGAACCUCUUGUUCUUGUCACGUAUGUUUAGCCAUCUUUAUUCUAAUCUGUAGUAGAGACAUGUCUGGCAUAGAAGGCAUGAGGCAGACAUCUAUAAUCUUUAGACUCUCACUCCGUAAUCUAACUCUCUGCAGAAUAAUGUUACCCUUUUUCUUACUUGCUGUUUUCCCAGUUUUACACUCAUUCUAUAAAAAAAAAAAAAAAAGACUCUCUACCUCCAUGUUCAUAUAUUUCGUGUUCUUUAUCUCCCCAGCUUUCUCAUCCCAACACAGUGGAAGGUCUUGUCCUUCUUAACAUUGACCCUAAUGCCAAAGGCUGGAUGGAUUGGGCAGCACAUAAGGUAAAUAUUUUUUGUACUUUUGUGACACAUUGUCUGAUUGCUGUCAAUUUUUAUAUUUUCCUUGAUUCCACUUCCUUUUCACUAGUUUUACCUUGUUUUUGUUUGUCUUGUCCUAACUUUUCUCUUUUUUCAUUCUCACAGCUUACAGGCCUCACAUCCUCCAUCCCUGAAAUGAUGCUUUGCCAUCUCUUCAGUGCUGUGAGUAGCAUAAACACUGUACAAAGGAAGGAGAGUUUGUUUUUUUCCAUUUUGUAAAAGUGAGCAGUUGAAUCAACAGAACAUUUGUUUGUGCAGGAAGAGAUUUCUGGGAACUCUGACGUUGUACGUCAGUACAAAACAGCCAUUUUGAACUCCCCCAUUCUCAGCAACAACCAACUGUACUGGAAUAGCUACAACAGGUACACAAAUAUCCAAUAUAAUAAUAAAUAAUAAUAAAUAUAAUGCAUUAAAAUGUAUUUCCUCUAUUUCUGAUAGUAUAGAUAAAGAAGAAUGUAUGUUAGACAUAAUUUUAUGUUUUAAAUAUAAUAAAAGUAGUGAGAAUGCAUUGGACAAUGAAAGAGUUAGCAGAUUAUUUUUUUGUUUUGUUUUUUCAUUGAUUUUCAAUUUAUUCACUAAACAGUAAAGUGUAUUGAACUGAAAACCAAUUUCGCUUGGCCAAAAAAAUUCAGCAAAAUUCACUACUUCGUGAACAAACCUCAUUACAUACAAACACAUUCAUAUGACACGUUUUAUGUACCUUUUCUAUAGUAAUGCAACAACAACUAGUACUAUAAUAGCUACACCAGAUGUACAAAAUAUUGCAUACAUCUGUAGAGAAUGGCACAGCUUAAUGAAUAAGAAUUGUAGCAUGUAUUUUUCCCCUUUGUCUGUCCAUAUUGCCAAGUUGUCUUUUUUUUUCUCCUGUAGCCGUCGAGACCUAAACUUAGAGCGUGGAGGAGACCACACUCUAAAGUAAGUAUAUUUGCUGAUUUUUUUUCAAGCCACUUCCUCUGUCACUCUGUGUUAUGCUAUUCUCACGGAUUGUCCCUUCUAGGUGUCCAGUAUUGCUAGUGGUCGGUGACCAGGCUCCCCACGAGGAUGCAGUGGUUAGUUUGUUACUGUGGGUAUUUUGGAAGAAGGGACAAUGUUGAGUUCUAUAUUUUAAUUGCAUAUGUAAUUAUAGGUGGAAUGUAAUUCAAAACUGGAUCCAAUACAAACAUCAUUCCUAAAGGUAAAUGUAUAAAAAUCUGUGCUUUGUUGUGAGAAAUAUAUGUGUACAGUAGGACAAACAUUUGGAAAGUCAAGUCUGUUAGUGUCAUACAUAUUAUAAACCAAAUUGGGGAAAUGUGGUUCUGAAGCAACAACUUCUCAAUUAUAUUUCUUGUAAAAUACCAUUGAUUAAAAAAUCUCAUGUCUUUUUAACUAAACUAAGGAAAACACAUAGAGAUGCCCAGGUAAGAAGGAAAAGAAAGAUGUUCUCCCUAUUUCAAUGAAAAUAAUAUUUAAAGAGACAGCUGUAAAUUGGAAUUAGAUGAAAAAGCAUAUAUUGUCAUUUAGUUUUUUUUGUGUAAUUUUUUUUCAGAUGGCAGAUUCUGGUGGACAACCACAGAUAACACAGGUAUAUAUGGCUCACCAAUAACACCUAUAUGGCCACACACAUUACCACCACACUAUCAUCUCACAUAGCUCUACAAUUGUAGAGUUCGUAGACAAUGAAGUAUAUUCGAAGCAAGGUCUUGUUACCAGUGGGGUACCUCAGGGACCCAUUCUCUUUAAUAUUUUUAUUAGUAAUAUUGCAGAAUGUCUUGAUGGUAAGGUAUGUCUUUUUGCUGAUGAUACAAAGAUAUGUAACGGGGCUCUUUUUACAUUUCUGCGGUGUUUGUGUUUAACUGUAAUUUUCCUCUUACUCAUUUACUGUACCCACACAUAUUAUAUAGUGUUUUUCCCGCCAUUAAAUGGUCUUUCUAAAGAUACAUUUAUUUUCAUCAUGUUAUAUAAUUUACUAUAAAAAAAUUAUAAAAUAUGAGGGAAACAUUUAAAAAAACACUCUUUCAAAUUUUGACCCCCAAAAUCUGUUGCGCAUCUACAACUGCCAAAAAACACCCAUGCUACAUAGUUUCUAAAUAUUGUCCUGGUUUUUAAAAUACCAAAUGUUAACAUGUGCUUAGCUUUUUUUGUGUGCAAGUUAUAGGGCAAUUAGUACAAGUAGCACUUUGCUAUUUCCAAACCAUUUAUUUUUCAAAUUACAUUGUAACACUGAUAUCUGUCAGGAAUCCCUGAAUAACCCUUCACGUGUAUAUAUUUUUUAAAAGAAGACAACCUAAGGUAUUUUAACGCUUUCCUUGCAACCAUUUUACCACCAAUCUAUGCCAAAUUAAAAAAAUAAUUGUUUUGACACACAUAGCAAUUUAAGAAUACAUGUACUGAGAACUUUAAGGGUUACUGUCAAAGAACACCCAAAUAUGUGUUCAGCAACAUCUCCUGGGUACAGUGAUACCACCCAUGUACAGGUGUGUUGGGUUCUCUGGGGCCAAAAGACGCUAUUUGGAGGGUGCGUAUUCCUGUUUGUAAACUUGGAAUUUUCACAGCUGGUCAUCAAGCACCCACGUCCCAUUUGGGACAUUUUUUUGAAGCCGGCCAAUGUAAUUUACCCACUUCAAACCAUAUAUUUUUGAAAAGUAGACCCCCUACGGUAUUUCAAACGGUGGUAUUUUAAUUAACACUUUCUAUGCACUAAUUCUGCCACCAGUCUUUGUCAAACUUUUGGGUAAUCAUUUUUUUGUGUUAUUUUUCACACACAUUCUACUUUAGGCAUUGAUUCCCAGCUCCUGUUAGGUGUUACUGCCAAAAAAAACACCCCAAAAUGUAUUCAGCAACAUCUCCUGAGUACAGUGAUAUCAUCCAUGUACAGUUGUGCCGGGUUCUCUGGGGGCUAAAAGACCUUAAUAUAAAUAUAAGCUUAUUUUUAUCUAUAAUUUAUAUAAUUAUUUAUAAUCUGUAUCAUUGAACUCUCUGUUGUUGUGUUCUUCUUUUAAAACAAAAGAUGUUAAUUAGUUCGGACAACUGUAUGAGUUUCACGACUGCUAGUGUGGUCCUGCACGCAAAACUAUGUAACAUCUACAUAGACAGAUCAGAAAAAGACAGAACCUUAGAAUCCUUAGAAUGGCUGGACUAAUAAGGACACAUGACAUGUGUGACAUGUCAUAAUUCCCUUUUAUUCCAGAAGUUUGGUCCUUAAAGGGUUAAAAACAGAGAAUGGUCAAGGAAUAGCCAAGAUCAAGGAAGCCAGAAAUACACAAUACCGUUAAACGAGCCAAGUCAGGGAAACCAGAAAUCAGAAUAGUCAGGAAUAGCCAAGGUCAAUAUACCGGGAAUAGCAAUAAUAGGAACAGAAAACGCACUCUUGGGUACCAGGUAGGAAACCACAACAGGGCAAUGAACUGGGUAGCUUCAGGGAUUUAAAUAUCCCUCCUUUGACUGUGAGGGUGACCUCUGACCCCAGAACGUGUGUGUGCGUCAAAGCCGUGACGUCACAGGCACGUUCGUAUGAUCCUCGGGGGCGGGGUUAUAAAUGGCCUUGACCGCUUGGUUGGUGACAUUUUUCUUUAGGGCAGAUGGCCACUGAGCUAAGGUAAGCUCAGUUCGUCGGUGUGAUCGUGCCGGUCGGGCGCGACCGCACCUCGCCGGGGGCCAUGACAAUGAGUUGUUUUUUCUAAACUUAAACCUCAGUAUUGAGGUUUAAUUGCCAUGUUGGCACUUUGAGGGAAAAAAAGUUGGAAUGUAUUGCGGUUUGGGCACUCGGGUUCAAAAAGGUUCGCCAUCACUGCCCUAGGGUAUUUCAAAUGGUGGUAUUUUAACACUUUCCAUGCACUCAUUCUACCACCAGUUUUUGUCAAAACUUUUGGGUAGUCAUUUUUUUGUGUUAUUUAUCACACACAUUCUACUCUAGGCAUGGAUUCUCAGCUCCUGUUAGGCGUUACUGCCAAAGAACACCCCAAUAUGUGUUCAGCAACAUCUCCUGUGUACAGUGAUUCCACCCAUGUUGGGUUCUUUGUGGGCUAAAAUACUUUAUUUGGAGGGUGCGCAUUACAGUUUUCAAUUUGGAAUUUUCACAGCUAGUCAUCAUGCACCCAUGUCCUAUUUGGGACAUUUUUCAAGCCGGCCAAUGUAAUUUACCCCAUCAAACCAUAUAUUUUUUAAAAACUACUUUUUGGUAGUCAUUUUUUGGGGUAGUCAAUUUUUUGUGUUAUUUUUCUCUCGCAUUGCACUUUAGGUAUGGAAUAUGUGUUCAGCAACAUCUCCUGAGUACAGUGAUAUCACCUAUGCAUAGGUUUGUUGGGUUGUUUGGGGGGUGCAAUGCCAAACUUUUGACAUGUGUUUGUUUUCUGGUCUUGAGCGUGCAUAUAUUUGAAAAGUUGCCACCCCACUGUAUUGUACAUGGAGUGUUUUGAUGCCUUUGAUGCAAUGGUUUUUUUCAAUUUCCAUUUUUUAGGGGAGCCUGUUGUUGGUUAUUGCAAGAAAACACUCCAGGUUGUUUUCUGCAAGGCCUCCUGAGUACACUUAUGCAUAGGGUAAACGUAAGGCACUCAGCACAGGCAGAUCAUCGGAAGCCUGCCCGAUGGCUUCCGAUGCUCUGCUUAACUGCCGGGCACCACGUGGAGCAACCCGGGGGAGCGAUCACCCGGUGCCCUGCAGUAAGGAGAGGUAUUGCACAAUGUCUCAACAUCGCUGCAAUACCAUCAGAGUGGCUGGAAGCGAUCGUGAUUAGCUGCGGAUGUAUCAGGUACGACCGCAGUCCUUAAGGACCAUUUUUUCUGUUGGACGUAUCUGAUACCUCCGCGGUCGGGAAGAGGUUAAAGGAUCUUAGUAUAUAUUGCUUGGAGGAAAGAUGAGACAAGGGGGAUAUAAUAGAAACAUUUAAAUACAUUUAAAUAUAUAAAAGGAAUCAACACAGUAAAGGAGGAGACUAUAUUUUUAAUAAGAAAAACUACCACAACAAGAGGACAUAGUCUUAAAUCAGAGGGGCAAAGGUUUAAAAAUAAUGUCACAAAGUGUUACUUUACUGAGAGGGUAGUGGAAGCAUGGAAUAGUCUUAAGUUGUCGAGGUUAACACAAUGAGGGAGUUUAAGCAUGCAUGAUAUAGGCAUAAGGCUAUCCUAGAUAUAAGGUAAGGCCAGGGACUUAUGAAGGUGUCUUGAAAAUUGGGCAGAAUAGAUGGGACGAAUGGUUCUUAUCUGCCGUCACAUUCUAUGUUUCUAUGUACAAUGCACCACACGCGGACAGAAAAAACUCUACAGAAGGAUGUGAUAAAUAUAUUCCAUAUUUUUGACGUUACUGUCAUUUUUACUUCUCUUGCUGCAAGGUUGACAAUAUCCAUUACACACAAUAAAAAGUACACAAUACUUAACGCAGACUGCAACUUAGUCAUACAAUGUGGCUUAAUUUCUAACCUUGUUUUAGCGUCUCUAAAUCUAUUCCUUAUCUUCCUCCUUUCCCUGUUUAAUGCACCACCCUACCUUCCCUUCAUCUUAACCUAGUCAUUGCUUUUUCCAACACUAACAUUCCAUCUAUUUCUUUAUUUCUUCCUUUCCUUAUAUUUCUCUUAUUACUCUUUCUCUCCCUCCCUUCAUUUUUCUCUUUGUCUAUCCCAAUGUAGCCAGGAAAACUGACAGAGGCAUUCAAAUACUUUGUUCAAGGAAUGGGAUACAGUGAGUAUUACUGACAUUUUUAACCAAUGUUCAAUCUAUCUUGUUCACACUGUCCCAUCAAUCUUACCAUUGAUUUUUUGUGUGUGUGUAUUUCACAAUCCUGUUAUGUUUUCCCAAAAUAACGUUAAACUGUGUAUGGUCAAUUAAUUGUAUGACCUCCAAAUACUUGGUGUUUUAUCCCACAGUGUUUUAUGACCUGAUAGAUCGUAAGGGCUUUUAGUGCUGAUAGUUUAAAUGAUAUAUGUACAUCAAUCACAGGAUACGCUCCUCCUGGCUAAGAAAGAAACUAGUUAUACUAUAAAUGUUUAUCCCUCGUGUCCUUAGUGUUUUACUUCUGCCUACCUACUGCGUAGAGCCCUGACCUAAAGUUGUACAGUUUUUUCUUUCAAUAUUUUUUAAUGAAGGUAUUAUUUUGGCUUUUUUCUCUCUAUAUAUAGAUAUAUAUAAUUUUUUUUAAAUCUUGCUUAUUGGGAGAGACCCCCGGUAUUGUCAUAGGACAUCUUAUUUGGCAGCUUUGGGUCUCACAUAUAGGAGACUAUCAACUCUUCUCUAUAUCUGCACCACGUAGCCUCUGUACAUUGCAUUGAAUUCAUAAUAUUCUGAUCAUGAACCCAAAAAUAGUGUAACACGGGAUCCUCUUCUAAGAAAACAAAUCUUUUGCAAGUGAACAUUAAAGUAUUUCUUUUUGGUGUAGUAAUAUAUAUAUAUAUUCUAAUUUAUCCACCCCACUAAAUACCAUUGAAACAUUUACUAGGUUAUGGUAUUCAAUGUGGGAUAGUAGAAACAAAGAUAAAUUAAGGUCAACCUCCAAACCACAUCUUUUUAUAAUGUUGGUUCAAAAGGAGGCAAAAAAAACAAAACAAAACAACAAUUUCAAGUGAUGGCCAAUUAUGCCACAAAAAGAGAAAUUUGACUCCUUAAUGGCAAUCAGAUUUCUCCUUGGUUCAAAAACAAAUUCAAAUACAUAUUUACUAUAUCCUUGUAUGCCUUUCUUCCAGUCUCAAUGGGUGACCUCUUUUCUGUUGUAUUUUUCUAAGAGGUUAGCACUUUGCGGUUUGUACUGAACCUAUAUAUAUAUAUAUUUGUAUAGAUAUAAGUUCCCAUCUGAGAUGCCUUUUUUAAAGAAAAAAGAUAAAUGCCGUGUUUUAGCCUUUCUUCAUAACUAAUGUUUCCCAUCCCAGUUAUUACUUUUGUAGCUCACCUCUUCACAUUUUCUAGUCCUGUAUUAUCCUUCUUUAAAACCAGUGUAAAAAAUGGUGGGGGUCUUACCUUUGAUUUAUAAAGAGGCUCAGUUAUAUCAUUAUAUUUGAUUAUGUGAAUCAAUACUCCUUUUUAUACAUGGCAACAUCUUACUAGCGUUUGCAGUGGCAGACCUGAAUUGCACACUGUUGCCUAGUUUUUUUAAUCUAUCAUUGUUCCCAAGUUCUUUUCAUUUAUGCCUAACUCAACCUUGUCUAAUGUAUAAGAUGAUUUGGUGUUCCUUAUUCCAAAAUACCUCCUCCUUAAGUUCCCAGUGAUGGGCAUCAUCAUCUUCAGAUGCUGUGCUCAGUUGUUUUUGCAGCAGACUGGCAAAAUAUGCAUGUUCAGAUGAUUCAAGAGAGCCACACACAGAUGCAGAAUCAUGGCUUUAUUGAAGAUUACUUGAGGCCAUCUGGUCUCAAAAACAUGUCAAAAUUCUAGAAUCUGCUUUUUUACAAUUGUAAAAAGCCUGUUAGACGCAGGAUCAUGGAAAUUUCUAAACUUCUAUUUUCACAAUAUGGGCAUAACAUGUGCAACCCAGAAAAUAUCUACAAGGCAACAGAAUGGUAGAAUGUAUAUACCUUCUCUCAAUAUUUCUGGUUUUGAAUACUUAUUAUUUUAUUUUAUUUUUAUUUAUUCAAAUAUAAGAGGAACUUAUAUUAUGUAUCAUAGUAUAGAAUGAUGAUUAAAGAACACAAAUUGUCUGUGAAAAUUACGGUUUUCUUGCACCAUUUGCUUUGUAUAUAUUUCACCUGUCUAUUUAUUGGGAAAGUAUUAGGGUUGUUAUGUCCUGCAAUAUGUAUAGCAUAGAGACUAUCAUGAUAUGUCUCAAUCUCUUUUUGUAAAUCACCUCUGUCAAGAUUCUCCACCUAUACUGCUCAGUUCCAGCAGUUCUUAUGUGUUUUGCUGUCUCUUGUUUCCAGUCCCCCACAUCCUGGAUAAGAAGCGCAAUACGGGGUGAAGUAUUUUUGUUAAGAAGAUCUCCCAAUCACCCCGUCCUCUCACGGUCUUAACUCGCUAUAUACCUUAUAAAACCCAAUGUCUCACUGGGUCCAUGGCAUGAGACACCCCUCUCACCUUCUGUGUUUCUCUAUAUUAUUGUUUAUAUAGCUCCUGGUGUAAUUAUUAUUCCCCUUAAUGCCAGAUGAGCUUUCAGUUCAUUGUAAACCCCUCUGGCUAAAAAGAAGAUACUUAUUUUUAUUCAUAAUAUAUAUUUUCCUUAUGCUUUUUCACCCUACACCUGGCAGCAUGACUAACCCACUUUAAACUGCUGACAACUAUUGUUCAACCUAAGUUUGCAAGAUCCCACUUCUACACCAACUUGUUAUGUCUAUAUAUGAUUGUCACCGUGAUUUCAUGUUUUUAUAACUUACAAUGUGGCCGUGGCACAGUUCUACGUUCUUAACAUAAUUUCAACAUUUACAAGAGGGGAAAACAUUUAAAGCGAGUUUACAGCUAAAAAAUGAAGUAAAUGUUUUUCCUUUCUAGGCUGAUGAUACCAGUCAGCUCAUCAGCCUGCAUACUUCACCCAGAUAACAUUAUAGAAUCUUGUAGUAUGUCUCAAUUUUGCAGAUUGACUGGAAUGGUAUAAAACAAUCCAAUGGUGAUAUAAUCUGGGGAAAUACCAAAGGAGUAUUGCAGAGCAAGGUAGACUAUUACAAAUAAUUAUUUAAAGUAGAGUUGCAGGUAAGAUACUGCUCAGCUUAUAAGAGUAAAUGGUUUCAACAUAACUUAACAGUAAUGGAACAGCUACAGGUACAUCUAUAAAAACCUGAUCACUUAGAUAAUUUAUCUGUCCUUCAGCAGAUAUAAAUUUCACCACCAGCUUUAUCAGAAUUGUGUGUAUGUAUCUAUGUAUGUUUUUGUGUGACCAAGCAAUGUAAAGUAACAAGAUAUGAUUGUCUUUUUGGUAUUCAGUUAUUUGUUCCAACUACGAAGUUGCAUUUGAUCUAAACAAUUAGAUAUGUAGGUUGAAUUCAUUUUAAAAAGAUGAUUAAUUAUAUUUCUCUUCUACCUUUCCCUAACUUUUUUAAUUGCAGUGGCUUCCUCGUGUAUGACUCGUCUCUCUCGCUCCAGAACCGCCUCUCUCUCCAGCGAGGGGAAUCGUUCACGCUCUCGUACUCUGUCCCAGAGCAGCGAAUCGGGGCAAAGCCCUCCCGGGACCUUCACGGAGGUGACCUGCUGAAAGGCCGUGAAGCUGGCGACCAGUGAUUGCCAUGCCACCCUCACCACAUGUGAGGGGGCUGAGCAUUUAUCUGUCCCAUGGGGGUGGAGCUAAUGAUGCUAAUUAGAAAACUAAAACCAAACCUGCAAGUCACAUGGGUGAUUACCAGAUGUCUGUAUCUGUCCAUCCUUCCUCCUGUUCUGCCUUUUCACUCCCUUCUUCCAUUCUGUCUCCAUUGAUACUAUAAUAUACCAUUUUUAUUUGUCUUUAUUACUUACUGCAACAAACUGGUUUUGUAAUACUGAAAAAACAGAUUGAUGAAAACAAAAACAGUUUCCUUCUCCCACCAUAGGAAAAUAUUUGUUUAAAGUAUUUUUAUUUGAGAAGGUAAUACAAAAUCAACACAUUAAAGCUUUUAGUUUGAUGCAGUUGAUCCCCUUUCUCUCUUAUCCCACUUUAUCUUGUCCUUCCAAGACAGACUACAUGACAACUUGUCACUUCUCCUAUCUGUGUCUUCAUCUUGUCAUUAAGGCAUUCUUAUUACCUUAACUGGCCUACCCAUCCACCCUCCCUUGCACAUUAAGAUAAGUUGUCAUGUGGGGUAACAUCACCUCCUAACACUCUACACAAAAUAAAUGGAGGGGGACUCAGAAAGAUAUCAAUGGUCCAACCACUGGAGUACUAACUUAGUGCAUAGUAUUUGGGGUCACUAAACGUAGCAACACAGUGCAGAACUCUGACGCAUGAUGGGUGUUUCUCCUACUGUGUCUGACAGAUGCCUUGGAGCUGCUGUAUUUAAAAUCACCAUCAUCUCCUUGAUCUUCCAGUAGGAUGUUUAACUGACCCCUUACCUUGUAGUAAGAUUUCCUUUCUGCUGUUCACUCAGGUCACUUCUAUGAGUCUUAGGGGAAUGGCUUUAAAUAAACUAGACCUUGGUUUUCACAUAUAAAAACAUGUAGAUAAAGCACAAGAUAGGAAACUUUAGGGGAUCAGGUGGGAAAUGACCACUGGGAAAAAGUGUUGAAAUAUUCUUGGGAUACAGGUAUUAACUACUUUCCGCCUUGUUUAACCCCUUAAGGACCAAACCUCUGGAAUAAAAGGGAAUCAUGACAUGUCAGACAUGUCAUGUGUCCUUAAGGGGUUAAAAAAACAAUCUGUCAGGAAUCCCUUUGUUGUCCAUUGGACUUUAUUUGGUAUUUCUGUGAUGUAUCUAGCACAGUGUUUUAAUCUUUCAAUUUCGGAUUCCAUGAUAGACAUUGGAACUAAGAUGAAUUUCUCAAAAGCAGCCAGCCCAAGACAUGUUUUUUGUUUACUCCCCUCCCAGUAAUAUGUAAAAUAUAUAUUUUUUUGUUUAAGAUAAGUUUGAGGGAGAACCUUUUGGGCUGUAACAACUGGGACAUGUGUAUGUUAAGCUACAUGGCUUGAAGUGGGAUGUAAUUUAAAAUGAUCCUGCCAUUUAGAAGGGUUAAUGUGGGACAUAUGUCAUAUAUGUGCUUUUAAAUGUAAACCACAUUCUGCAUUAAUGUGGUAAAAAGUUAAUUGAAACAUACUGAAAGUGACAUUUUAGAGAUCCUGCAUUAAAGUUACCUGUCAUGGUCUGUGCUUCUAAAACUUGAAACUUAAUUGACUGUUCACUGUGCACCCCCUGCACACUGCUUUCUAUUUAAAUCUUCCAUAAUUGAAAACAGAUUAAAAUAAAUCUAGCAUCAGAAUACUGAAUAGCUGCAUUAUAAGUAACUUUAAGUGGUAUAAGAUAAUGUUAUCUGACAUUGCAGUGUCUAUUUUUAGAAAAUACUGUAUUGACUCAAUUAUAGGACACAAUGCUGUCCUUUUGUUUAAUUAGUUACAAGCUUGAAGCUUAUAAUUGGGCAUUAAUAUUUUAGGAUUUUAGGAUAUUAUAGAUUUCCGAAACUCCAUACAAUUACAGUUUCAGUUACCGUUCUGUUCUGUGUACACUAUGGCAAUUUGAGAUGUUAUACCAGAACACAGUAUCUCCUGUGCUAACCUUAACCACAUCCAGAACACGUGUUACAAAAAGUAAUAGGAAUGUGUUAACACUUUGACCCUGCUGGAAGGAAAGCAGGACAUUUUAAGGAAUCUGUUAAUGGUAAGGAGGCUUUAAAGGGGGGAAUAUAAUGAAAGAGGAGGAUUCCAAACUGUAAGAGGAAGAAUGAGAAAUAUGGGCACUAUUAAUCGUGGGGAGGGAAUUAAAUGAAAAAACAUUACAGACAAAUCUUAAGUUAAAAUGGGGGUAAUCAAUAACCAAACCAAAAUCGUGAAAUAUUAAUUGCCACUUUAUAGGGUUGCAAACAGUAAAAGGCUCUAAUAAACACCAUUUUACAAUUCCAAAAAUCAUCCCCAGCAAUCACCAUGUGUCAGAAUCUGUUAUCAACUUACUUACUUUCUGGCAGAUCAAGAUGAUGAUUUAAAAAUCAAGGUUGAAAAAAAAUAUAUAUUAAACUUAAGUGUGUACUUAUAUUUACUGUGACAAAACAUUACUGUACAUUUUCAUGCUAGAUACUCUGAACGUUAUCUACUCAUAAUUCAAACUAAGCUACAUAAUAUCCGUAUUAUUGUAUGGUGGGUUGCAUUACUUCUAGCACUAUAUGACUCACACUCUAUAUGAUAAAAGUAAGGAAAUGCAAUUAAAGUUAUGAAGUUGGAAGGUGACUCUACAAAGCAGCAUCUGAGCUGUGAGCAUUGUCGUUCUACCAUUAGCGCUAAAUAAAACUUCCUUGCACUUCAUUUAACACCUUUCUGUUGACUUUAUAGCUUCUCUCUGCAAUGUUGAUUACUAUAUACAGUCAAAGCUGCCAAAUAAUUACAAUAGUAACCGUAAUGCCCCUUCAAAUGCAGCUCUCUCCUUAGGACACCUUAUGAUACUCGAUUGACCUUUUCCCUUGUUACAAUCUAGGAGAGCAUCUUAACUUUCUAUACAAGAGUUGGCGAGCAAAAGAUUAGAAAAUCUGCAAAACAAAAAAGCAUUGGGAACACACAUUUUGAAGGCUUUCAUUUACUUGAGUGGGUGCAGCUUUUGAGUUUUGGGGACAGAGGCUAAGACUUCAUUUGAGGCUAAAAAGCAGCUCCAUGACUUCAGCUUGGAUAUUAGGAGAGUGGAUUGAUAGUUAGAUGGGAGCUUCCUGCGUAGGAUUCACUUUAUUGCUCUCUUUGAUAUUUUUAUUUCUGUUAGUUUUAUUUUUUUCCUGACACUGAAAAAUAAAACUGAUUAAACAAACUGGUCUUUGAAAUGCUUUGUGAAUGUAUUACGUAAGGCUUAAUGUUAUAAAGUUAUGUACAAUAAAGUAAGUCCCCAGAGUAGGCACAUAAAGUAUUAUACUCCAUUGGGUUAUGUUUUUCAUUUCCCUUUCCUGUUUUGUGGAUUACUUUUUUUUUGUGGACUUCUUUCGUUUUUCUCCUUAGCUAUGCCUGCUGUUUUUAAUCCCUGCUAUGUAAAUCAGAUUUUAGGCAACUAACCAUCAAAAAAUUAUUUACUCUAGUGGCACUGCAUUCCUUAAUUCGCACUGUUAUGAGUCUGUGGAAGGGUUUUUGUUGGAUUUAUUUUGUUAUGCACUAUAUUACAUUUGAAGAACAGGUCACUGAGCUAAUUUUGUAACUCAAUAAUGAGUCACCAAGCUAUUGCCAUGCACAUAAUUUGGGUCCCAUUCAAAAAAGAUUAAAGUAGAAUAGUCACAUGUUUAUUGCUCAGCCUGAUAGCUAAGUAAAAGCUAUGGGCUGUUGGGUUGCGCAAGAAAGAGAAAAAAAAAUCUGCACCAUUUUGAUUUUGUUUAAUUUAUAUUGUAUGGCUAGUCAUCCUAGUAAAACCAAUGCAUAUCUUAGAAAAUAAUUUAAACCUCUGAUGAUGAUGCCAAACAUGCAGGUAUAUUAACAAGUAUGGGCUCUUGAAAGCAUGGGUGUUCUCUCAUGCACUAAUGCAGCAGAUCUCAGAAUAUACCCAAGUGAGUAUGAGAUUACCUAGUGCAUCAUGGGGCAACAAUUUCGGCCUGCAAAUGGAAUUGCUAUAGAAACAUGUUCUUUUUCUUAUCUUCACUGCAACAUUGUUUACGGAGGUGAAUCGUGAAGCUAAUAAAACAACUUGUCAA